AUGACACCGGAGUUCCUGUGGUUUGAAGGUUUACCUUUUUCUUUUUUUGGUUACACCAUUGAAGGUAUAAAAGAAGCAUGUACUAAGUUUGUGAUAAAGGAUGAAGAUACAGUAAUGGUGUCGUACCCAAAGUCAGGCACCAACUGGUUGAUUGAAAUUCUCUGCUUGAUUCACUCCAAAGGGGAUACCAAGUGGAUUCAAUCUGUGCCCAUCUGGGAACGCUCACCCUGGAUAGAGUCAGAUCUUGGUUACAAAUUGCUAAAUGAGAGUGAAAGACCAAGGUUCCUGACCUCUCACCUUCCCUUCCAUCUCUUCCCCAAGUCGUUAUUCACUUCCAAGGCCAAGGUGCUAUAUCUCAUGAGAAAUCCCAAAGACGUUCUUGUAUCAGGUUAUUAUUUUUGGACUACAUCAAAGUUUUCUAUUAAACCAGAGUCACUGGAACAAUACUUUAAAUGGUUCAUCCAAGGAAACGUGCCCUAUGGAUCAUGGUUUGAGCACAUUCGUGGCUGGAUGUCCAUGAGACACAGGGAGAACGUCCUGCUGCUGAGUUAUGAAGAGCUGCAGAAGGACCCAAGAAGCACCAUAGAGAAGAUCUGUCAAUUCCUGGGAAAGAAGUUAAAUCCAGAAGAACUGGAUUCAGUCCUCAAGAAUAGCUCCUUCCACGUCAUGAAACAAAACAAGAUGUCCAAUUAUGAAAUGUUGCCUGAAUCUUUAACGAGUCAGCAUUUCUCAAUGGCAAGGAAAGGCAUCUGUGGGGACUGGAAGAAUCACUUCACAGUGGCCCAAGAUGAAACCUUUAAUAAAGUAUUCCAGGAGAAGAUGGCAGGUUUUCCCAAAGACCUGUUCCCAUGGGAAUAAUGUCCAAGAGAUUCUGGAUCUUCUAUGGAUGCUGAUAAAUGUUGUCCUGUCCUGGGAUGAGUACAGAACUGGGGAGUUCUAGAAUAAAACCCAUUUCUACAGG